CGCCUUCCCGCCGUGCCCCGCGCGGGCCGCCACGCACGCGGCAUGCUGGGACCUGUGGUCCUCGCGGGUCGCCCGGGCCCCGCUUCCCUCCCCGCGUUCCACCCCCCGGGCUUUCGCCGCCUGUUGCCCGAGAGGCGCCGUGGCGACUUUUGGCCCUCGUCCCGCCCCGUCGUUUCCCGGCGGGCAGGGCCUGCUCGCCGUUAGCGGGGCAUGCAGCGGCUGCUCCGCCGGCUGCUCCCGGCGCUCUGCCCCGCGCGAGCGGCGGCGGUGGCUCCCGCCCUCCUCGCGCCGCCAGCUCGGCCCGGGCGUCCUCGCCCCAUGGCGCUGCCGCCGCCGGCGGCAGGAGCGGGGGCCGGCGAGUCCCCGGAGCACGAUGAGCUGGAAAAUGUACUGGAAAAGAAGAUCUUGAAAGAAAAUGGAAAAAGCACACAACACAGAAAAGAACGAUGCGCUUCUGCUGAUUCUAUAGACUCUCUGAUGGUAGAAAUGCCAUUUGUCAACAUAGAUAUUGAAGAUGAAUUUGCUAUACAUUCAGCCUCUGAAGUAAAUGUAAAAAACAAAAGGAAGAGGACUACUGGAAGGGAAAAUGAAGAAGACAGUGAGAGAAAGAAGAAAAAGAAAAAAGAGUAUCAGCCAAAUUAUUUCAUUUCUAUCCCAAUUACUAAUCCAGAGAUUACUGGCAGUAUUCAGGCUGUCCAAGACACAAUAAUACAAAAGGAUCAUAGGCUUUCCAAAGCAAUGGUUCGCUGUGGCUCAUUGCAUGUCACGCUAUUGGUGAUGCGUUUAUCCAGUAAAGAAGAAGUUAGCACAGCAGUUGGUGCUCUUUCAGACAGCAAAGAUAUGGUAGAAGAUCUCCUAAAAGGAAAAACUGUGGAUUUGUCUUUUCAAGGAAUUGAUCACUUCAAAAACGAAGUUGGAUUUGUGAAGUUGGAAGAAAGCGAUCAUACAGCUAUACUUAUGGAAAUAGCAGAGACUAUAAAGAAGAUAUUUCAAGAAAAGGGCAUCUUGGCAGGAGAAGACAGAGCUUUUAAACCCCAUCUGACCUUCAUGAAGCUGUCAAAAUCACCAAAGCUGCGUAAGGAGGUGAAAAAAAUUGAUCCAAGCCUAUACGAAAAAUUUAAAAGCCAUUAUUUUGGAAAUGAAAUUCUGCACCGCCUAGAUCUUUGCUCCAUGCUGAAAAAAAAACAGCCUAAUGGUUACUACUACUGUGAGUCUUCUGUCCUUCUUGAGAAACAUCCACUGUCUUCGGCAGAGCCUGCAGACAUCUACACCAGCUUCUGCCCACCAGCUCUGCAGGGUGUGUAUUCAGGAGUGAAAAUUUGAUGUGAUGGUGACAAUGGGGUUGAGCCUUAAUCCCCCACUCAGAGAUCAGGUUGUUGUUUAAAACAAGCCAAACAGCAGUCCAACAAAGUGUUCUUCUUCAGACAGUCAGCUCAUGGCAGCUAGUGUAUGUCACCUCAAAUCCCAAAGAAGAACAGUGAACCCUGGAAUGAGUUCUCAGUAUAUAUUCCUUUACCUGAAUGCCGGAUCAGUUCUUUAUAUCACAGUGAAGACGUUCAACAGGAAAACUGCCUAUCAAAGGAAGCAUAUAUGUAAAUCUUUUUGUGUUAAGUAUGCCUUUAGCAUUAAGUAUCCCACUUAAAUAUCCUCAGGAGCCAUGCAUUAAAAUUUUUGUAGACUUCUGUUCUAAAGAAAAUGUGUUUACACUAAUGUAAUGUAUUAUGAAUCAUACACACAUGAAAGAAAACUAUCACAUGCCAAGCAGCAUUCAGCCUUUAAACUGUGAUAAGCUUUCCCUGUGUGACUAGUAAGGAGAAAGUUAUGUAUCAGGUUUCCUAUGUGCCAUCUCUGAGGCAGAAAAACUUCACAAAAGUCAGUUCCUUAGUGGAAACCACCCAGCAGCCAACUCUUUCUUGCUGCACAGCCAGAACUGACGUAUCUGGAAUGCGUGUCAUGUUGGAGGUUGAAAUGCUAUUAUAAUUUCCACUUAACCCUUGUAAUCUAGCAGUAGAAAUCCUAAAAUUGAAAUGUCAGACUGCAAGCAUCUAGUUUAUCUGGAAAAAGAAGUGUAAGAAUGUGGUUAAUGGUUAUGCUCCUUGCUGCUCAAAUAAUUCUUCAAACAGAUUUUUAAGUAACAGAACAUUUGGUGGGUCAGUUUACAUUUCAGUUGAGCUAUGUAGAAGUUAGGUGUUUUGCCUGACCUUGUCAUCUAGGCACCUCCCAAAGUCUCUCUGAAAUGGGAGAGAAAGACAUCUACAGAGUGUGAUUCAUUCCAUCCUAAAAUGUUUGUCUAAGAUAGGCAAGAUCUGGGAAGUGUCUAAGAUAGGCAAGAUGUGAAUUUAAGAUACACAAGUUGAACAGUUCUCUUGAAAUGCUUCUUUCCAUUGAUUAAAGAAGAAGCCAAGUCAGCUAGCUUAGAAGAGAGUCCUAACUUUUAGCUGAGUAGAAUUAAGUAAUCCUGUCCUUUCCCUCUAUUGACUUCAUCAUUUAAACAAUUUAAAAAAAGAAAUAAUGAAAAACUCUAGAUCUCCACUAAGCAAUAACUUGGAUCCCUAAAGUGAGAGUGAAGUACACCAUGGAUUUCAAUGGCAGGAGCAGGUGUACUUUCCAGGCAAUUGCAGUUGCCAACUACUAAUUACAUAAGAGACAAAACAUCUGUUGUAGACUGACUGGUGAUUACAUUUGUUAAACAUUUUUCACUAGUAAAUUUCUACAACUUAAUUAAGAGUGAAGUAUUGCUUUUGCCAGAUGCACAAUGCAGUAGUAGAUUUUGCAUGAUAAAGCUUAUUAAUUUAUAUAUAUAUAUAUAUAUGGAUUUGCUGCAUGUUAAGUCUCAUGAUCCUAAAAACCUUACUAUCCAUUAGGGUUUUCUAUAUUUGAAUGAUGGAUUUUGUAUUCUUCAUUAGGUUGUAAAAAUUAUCUUAAAAUGUUUCAAGGCAGACUUGGUAGUAUAUCAAAAUAUAUUCAGUUUGUUAGUUUGUCAUAUCUGUUUUUGAAAUUUACUAAGUCAAAAUAGAUUUCUGAGAGCAAAAUUAUUGCUUUACAUUCUUAUAAGUACAUCUGAAGGAGAGAAUAUCCCUCUGAAGUGAAAAGGAAGCAUAUUGAUGACAUACUAUAUUCAUGUGAAUCUUGUUGCAAGUUAAGCAUUUGACUGGAAGAGGAUUUCUUUUGAUUUUCAUUAAAACUUUUGUACUGCUGGAAAUGAAUAUUAAAGUUUCUGUACUUGCUCUUU